GAUCGAAAAGAUUGGCCGGCCCCAACCCACUUUCUUCUCUCAUCUAAAACCCUAAAGAUUUCCAUCUAUCUUCAUCUUUUCAGCUACUUAUCGUUUUUAACGCACACAACCACAAACUCAGCCCUGGGUCACGACACAAUCACCUUCUGCCCACCAUGGACCGCCGCCGGCGACGCCGGAAGCCUUGCCGGCGAUGAUGCCUCCCUGCGUUUCAACUCGCGUGAAUCACGAUUGUACCUGCGGCCACAGCGUCUUUUCUUCCAUGCGAAAUCUGGACCGGGACCUGGCAGCCACACCGUCGCCACCGCUUGCCCUCGCCGGUGCCGCCUGAAGCCGGCGGCGCUGCUCCUUUUUCUUGUUCUGCGCGAGACACCCCCAGGAGACAAUGUGUUAGGUCGGAGCAAGGUGCAAAGCCCGCUGUUUCAGGCCAAACAAAUAAGCAAUAGCGAGGAUGCGCCUUUUCCUCAAACACUUUAACCUCUUCCACCGAGACAUUUGGCUGCAUCCUCGCUAUGUUUCCUCGCUUGCCCUCGCACUUCACCCUCCAUUUUCUGGCAAUCCAAACGCGGCCCUAUUCUCAAGGAACCUCGACCCACCUCUCAGUUGUUCCACUCCAGGAACUGCCUCUGAAUUGAUCCAGCAGGCAAACCGAGAACAGCUAGCUCCAUUUGUCUAUUCUGUUCAUAAUAUGCUUGAAGUUAACGCUGAACUGAAGCAAUUAGUGAAACAGGGACAACUUUGUAAAGCUAGGAAUAUGUUUGAGAAAAUGGAUCACAGAGAUGAGAUUUCGUGGACUACAUUAAUAGGUGGUUAUGUCAAUGCCUCAGAUUCAUAUGAAGCGUUGUUCCUGUUCUCAAAUAUGUGGGUCCAGCCUGAACUUCAAAUAGACCAAUUCAUGAUUAGUGUUGCACUCAAGGCAUGUGCACUUGGUGUCAAUAUUUGCCUUGGAGAAUUACUACAUGGAUUUUCAGUUAAAUCUGGUUUGAUAACCUCAGUGUUUGUCAGCAGUGCCCUGAUAGAUAUGUACAUGAAAGUAGGCAAAAUAGAAGAAGGUUGCAGAGUCUUUGAAACAAUGAUGGCUAAAAAUGUAGUAUCAUGGACUGCCUUUAUUGCAGGGCUUGUACAUGCGGGUUAUAGUGUGGAGGGACUGUUGUACUUUUCUGAAAUGUGGAGAUCAAAAGUGGGCUAUGAUUCACAUACAUUUUCCAUUGCUCUAAAAGCUUCAGCUGAUUUGAGUUUUUUACAUCAUGGGAAAGCUAUACACACACAAACAAUAAAACAAGGAUUUGAUGAGAGCUCAUUUGUGAUUAAUACUCUAGCAACCAUGUAUAAUAAAUGUGGAAAACCGGAUUAUGUCAUGCGAUUGUUUGAAAAAAUGAGGAUGCCAGAUGUAGUUUCAUGGACAAAUCUUAUUACGACAUAUGUGCAGAUGGGUGAAGAGGAACAUGCAAUGGAAGUAUUUAAAAGAAUGAGAAAAUCAGAUGUCCCUCCUAAUAAAUUCACUUUUGCAGCCAUAAUUUCUGCCUGUGCAAAUCUUGCUAUUGCUAAAUGGGGGGAACAAUUACAUGGUCAUGUAUUCCGUCUUGGUUUUGUUGAUGCUUUGUCAGUGGCAAAUUCCAUCAUCACUCUUUAUUCAAAAUGUGGGCUGUUGACUUCAGCUUCAUUAGUGUUUCGUGGUAUAACUAGAAAAGAUAUUAUAUCUUGGAGCACUAUAAUUGCUGUUUAUUCUCAAGGAGGUUAUGCAAAAGAAGCUUUUGACUAUCUAUCAUGGAUGAGAAGGGAAGGGCCAAAACCAAAUGAAUUUGCUAUUUCUAGCAUACUGAGUGUUUGUGCAAGCAUGGCACUUCUUGAGCAAGGGAAACAGGUGCAUGCACAUGUACUUUGCAUUGGCAUAGAUCAUGAAGCAAUGGUUCAUAGUGCUCUUAUUAGUAUGUAUUCAAAAUGUGGAAGUGUACAAGAUGCGUCAAAAAUCUUUGACAGUUUGAAAAUGAAUGACAUUAUAUCGUGGACAGCCAUGAUUAAUGGAUAUGCUGAACAUGGUUAUAGCCUAGAGGCCAUUAACUUGUUUGAGAAGAUUUCCAUCGUUGGUCUAAAGCCAGACCAUGUGACAUUCAUCGGGGUUCUGACAGCAUGUAGCCAUGCUGGAAUGGUUGAUCUUGGUCUCUUCUAUUUUUUGAAAAUGACUAAUGAGUACAAGAUCAGUCCUUCAAAAGAACACUAUGGUUGUAUCAUUGAUCUUCUCUGCAGAGCAGGGCAAUUGAGUGAAGCUGAGCACAUAAUACGAACUAUGCCAUUCCAUAUUGACGAUGUUGUUUGGUCUACCUUUCUCAGGGCUUGUAGAGAGCAUGGAGAUGUUGACCGUGGAAGAUGGACAGCUGAACAGUUGCUUCGGUUGGAUCCAAAUUCAGCUGGAACUCAUAUUACUCUGGCUAACAUAUAUGCUGCCAAGGGGAGAUGGAAGGAAGUUGCAGAUAUAAGAAAGUUAAUGAAGUCAAAGGGAGUAAUAAAGGAAAGAGGAUGGUCUUGGAUUAAUGUCAAUGAUCAUUUAAAUGCAUUUGUUGCUGGGGAUCAGGCUCAUCCACAAAGUGAGCAUAUCUCAACCAUUCUGGAAUUAUUAAGAGCAAAUAUAGGAGAUGCUCAGCUGGAAAUAAGAUCUCUUCAUGAAGAUGUUGAGGUUUAGCAGACGGCUACAUUCUGUGUCAUUAUGGGAAUGCUAAAAUGUAGUUUUUUGCUAAUUUCCAUAUUUCAGAGAUUUCAAAUGAUUACUGGGGAAUCGGGUUCUCCAAAACAUAUAGCUUGAUACGGGUUCUCCGAAAGCUGAGUUAGACAUUAUUCAGAAGAUCACAAGUUCUUUUUGAAAAAGCAAAUUAAUGAAAAAGGUUGCUUUUACAGAAAAACAGUAUCUGAUGCCAGAUGAGUCCAGCCUGAGAGAACUUUAUGGAUCUGAAAUUGACGCCUCGGUUACCAUUCUCAAUGAUCAGUUUACUGAAAUUAAUGAUUGCGUGAGAUGCCAUGAUUAUAUUCCCAAGGAAACUGCUGCGGUGCUAAUCCAAUGGACUGACCUACCAGCAUUUCAAGCCCCAUGGGAACCCAUGAAAACCAUCUUGAAGCAGUUUCCUUCUUUUCACCUUGAGGGCAAGGUGACUCUUUUGUGGGAGAGUAUUUUUAGGCUUUUUAUAAGUAAAUAUUAUGAGGUGAACCAUAAGUUGGGUUUUGAAUUAGGACCGAAUUUAUGAUGACAGUGAUAUCUCUAUAUUCCGCAUAAGGAUCAACCUAUUUGAGCAUUGCUCUGUGGAUAGCUGAUCAAUGGGCUCAGGAGCCUUUGAGGUCACUCAUAGUCGCUGACCACAGCCACAAGCCUGCAACCCAGCCCAGAUUCAGCUCCAAGGAUUAUUUUGCCGUGUCUCUGCGGAUGUACAAAAAGGGAAUAAAUGGGAAAACAAAAUGCAGGUGAUAGAAUUUUAUCAUUAUUAAUUCCUAAUGUCUGCCAAAAUAUCAGUGGAUUAUGAAAUAGGAAUGCUGUUGCUGACUGGAUAAUGGAUUGAAUCUAUGAAUUAUGAAUUCUACCACCAGAAAUUAGAGCAUAUAUACUCCAGUAAAUGGUCUUAAAGAGGUUAACUAUUUAACUCUUUGCUGAUUAUAUACAAUCAUACCAAAAUAGUUUUCAACUGGCAUUAUUAUGGUUUUGAUUUGUCAUUUUUUCUUAUAUUUAGUAAGCUCAAGAUUUUGAAUGAGUAUUUGAACAUUUAUAUAGGCAAGUCGUGGAAUUUGGGCACUUCACUUGUCUUUAUGCAUAUAUCCUAGUGAAAUUAUACAAAACUGUUGCAGAUAGUGUACGACUGAACAGGUGUUACUUCAUGUUUCGAACAUGAACAUUGUUCUCUAACGUAUAUGCAUGCUACCCAAAUAUAUAAAGUAGCUUUGCAUAUGACAAUUGAUAAAUCUAACAGCUUUGAGCAUGAUCUGUCUUCUUGCAUUCAGCAUUUUAAUUUCCGUGCUUUGUUCCUGGCGCUAACUUCUUUCCACAAAUGGUUACUUUGUGAUCCUCUCAUAGUCUAUAACUGCCUUCUCUUCGCCUGUUUAUAUCUUAUCUUUUCAAUUGUAAAUAUGCAUGCAAAUAUAAAACGUCUGUUGGAUCAAGUGAUUUUAUGAUGACACUGGGGUGCUGUUAUCUAUCAUGUCUCGGAAGUCUGAAACAAGAAAUGCUUCGGGGAGAUUGCCCAUACUGAAGAUAAAGUGUUUGGCUUUUAUACAGGUUCGGAAUGCAAAAUUUCUGUUAUCUUGUGUCGUAUGUGCCAUAUUUGCGGGGAGUAAUCUGAGAUGCGCUUGUUUGAUUAUUUGUAGGAGACAUUCUCCAAAUAUCCUGUUUGGUAAUUAAUUGUAAAAAAGAACUCCUAAUUCAUUAAAGAAAAAUGUUCAUGACAAGGGAAUGCGCCUUAGCUUAGGCGUAACUUUUUCUUU